GCCGAUUUCCACUUCCCUUAUACUGGUGGCCGUGCCUUGACCCCUCCUCCUAUUUGCUUCCUCUAUUUAUACAUGCAUAAAUAAAUUCGAGGAAAACACCAAUUCAGAUUUUUAAUUUCAUACUCUCCCCUCUCAAACUUUCACCACUUUCACCGAUCAAGAUCUUUGAUCAUUGCAAAAUCAGUAACAAAAAAAAUAAAUCAGAAAAAAUGAGUGUAGCGUGCAGGACUUGGGUUGUGGCAGCCAGUAUAGGAGCAGUGGAAGCACUCAAAGACCAAGGAAUAUGCAGGUGGAAUGGGGUUCUGAGAUCAGUCCACCAACAUGCCAAGAACAACAUCAGAUCCUAUUCCCAAGCCAAGAAACUGAUCUCCGACUCAUCUUACUCGGCGAUUUCUAUAACGAUGCAGAGAUCACAGGAGGAGAAGUUGAGAAAAGUCAUAGAAUUGAACUGCUGGGGUCCUAAUACCCUAAGAUUUUAGAUCGUAAUUAUGUAAUUUAGAUUUUAGAGUAUGAGUAUGGAUCAUGUCAUCCUUUUUUCCAUGAGAAUUAAAUGACAUAAUUUCAUUGCUCAUUGGGCAAACAUGGCGUUGUCAAAUUUUGGUAUCAUUGUUUAAACCCUAAACUUAUUUAACUAGUCUACCCCAUUAUUUGUUCA